UGUACAUCAUAUUGACAUAAAUGGCAGAACUUUCAUUUCGUGAUGAUUUUUUGUUGUAAUUGUUUGUAAUUGCAGUGGGAUUUUAUUUUGAAAGGUGCUAUAACUAAUGUUCUGAAUGAAUAAUUCAGCUAUCAUUUAAACUACUUUUAGAUUUCAAAGACAAACAUGCAUUUUGCUGUGUUUUUUGCUGUUUUUCAAUCUCCAGAUGGCAAAAAAUUAUUUUUAAUAUGAUCAAUUAUGCAUAUUAAAAAUAGUUUCCACCUCCAUUUCAAAUUUUUUGCAUUGAAUGGAUAACAGACCUUUUAGCUGCCACUGCAAAUCAGUUGGAGAAGCCCAAUGUUCCAUUGUUAGUGUGGAUUACUAUAUAUAUCCAGUUAUCUUCAAAACAGUGUUGUUUUUGUAUAUCUAGUUUUAAAUACCAUUUAUAAAAUUCUCUGUCUCAUUAAAAUUUUGCUCUAUCUCAGGCUUAAAUUAACCCUCUGCACUAUGGAGAACCACAAUUUAAGUACAGAUAUUCUGCUCCUGGAGGGGUUAAAGGUCAACCCCCAGUCCUCCAUUCUCACCUUCAUCCUCCUGCUCCUCAUCUACAUCUUCAUCAUGGUGUCCAACAUCAGCCUUGUAGUCCUGAUCACCAGGGAGAGGAGUCUCCACCAGCCUAUGUAUCUGCUCUUCUGCAACAUGAGUAUUAAUGAUGUUUUUGGGGCCACAGCCAUCAUUCCUCGGUUGCUGAGUGACAUUUUUAUUCCCAGCAGUGAGCGGUACAUCCACUACAUAGAUUGUGUUAUUCAGGCUUGUUGUGCUCACCUUCAUGCAAGUGCCUCUCACACUGUGCUUAUGAUCAUGGCCUUUGACCACCACGUGGCCAUCUGCAACCCCCUGCAUUAUGCCACCAUCAUGACCAACCAGAUGGUAGUAACGUCUGCCUGGAUGGUCUCCUUGGUGAUGGUGCUGAUCCUCGUGGGGCUCAGCAUCCGCUUGUCACGCUGCAGGUGGAUUAUAUUCAACCCAUUCUGUGACAACGCCUCCUUGUUCAAGCUGUCCUGUGAAAGUGUCCUCAUUAAUAACAUCUAUGGCCUCGGCUACAGGGUGGUCCUGCUGGGUUCCUCCAUUGGUAGCAUUAUUCUUACCUACCUGAAAAUUGCUGCUGUGUGUGUGCUCAGCAAGAACAAGGUGGUGAACAGCCGGGCGCUACAGACCUGCACCACCCAUCUGGCCGUGUACAUCAUCCUGGUUGUGUCAGGAUCCAUCAUUGUCAUCCUCCAUCGCUUCCCUCACUUAUCAGAUCACAGGAAGUUGGCAUCCAUCUUGUUAAUGGAGAACCAAACGAUCGAUAUGGACGUUCUACAGCUGGAGGGAUUAAAGCUUGGCCCAAGGUUCACCAUUCCAGCAUUUUUCCUCCUUUUCAUCAUCUACAUCUUCAUUUUGGUGUCCAACAUUGGCCUGGUGGUUUUGAUUUUCACAAAGAGGAGCCUCCAUGAGCCCAUGUAUCUGCUCUUAUGCAACAUGAGUAUUAAUGAUGUUUUCGGGUCUACGUCCAUUAUUCCUCGCAUGCUGGGUGACAUUUUAAUUCCAAGCAAUGACCGGUACAUUCAUUACAAUGACUGUGUAGUUCAGGCCUUCUGUGCUCACGCUCACGGAGGCACUUCACACACUGUACUCGUAGUCAUGGCCUUUGAUCGAUACGUGGCCAUCUGCAACCCUCUCCGAUACACCACCAUCAUGACCAACAGGAUGGUGGUGAAGCUCUCAGUGGGCGCCUGGGGGGUAGCUUUCCUUAUGGUUGGUAUCCUUUUGAGACUCAGCACCCGCCUGUCGCGCUGCAGAAGGGUUGUACUCAACCCGUACUGUGACAAUCCCUCCUUGUUCAAGCUAUCUUGUGAAAAUGUUGUUAUCAACCACAUUUACGGCCUCAUCAUCGCCAUGGGCACAAUGGCCGUGUCCCUGUGCAGCGUGAUUCUCACCUACAUGAGGAUCGCCAUGGUGUGUCUGACAACAAGAGCUAUGAGUAACAAAGCUUUUCAGACCUGUGCCACACACCUGGCUGUGUACAUCAUCCUGCUCUUGUCAGGUGGCAUCAUCAUCCUCCUCCAUCGUUUCCCUGGCUUAUCAGAUCACAGGAAGAUUGGAUCCAUCUUGUUCCAUAUUGUUCCUCCUUCCAUGAACGCUGUUAUCUACGGACUGCAAAUCAAAGCAGUCAGAGAAAAAAUUUUGAAUGUAUUCAGCAAAAAAAAAUAAC